GGAGAACUGGCAGGGAGAUCGUAUAUAUAAAGCAAAGGGCCGGGCGCUUUACGAGGUAGUUCCGACGCAGAAGCUCGCCGUAUCGUCCUUUUUUCCGGUUUACGAAGAUCGUCGUUAGAAUGCUACGUCACGUGGUCCAGCUGGCAGUGGUCUUGGCCGUCGUGUGCCUGUGCGUGGCCCUCCCCCAGCCCCAGACGACCCAGGGCAGGCAAGGACAGGGCCAAAACAGGUUCUUCUUGGGCAACCUUCUCGGCGCUGCUCAGGGUGCCUUCCAGGGCGCUGUGGCCGGCUUCGCUAAUCCUUAUGGAGGUUACAACAGGCCUUUCGGUGGCUACGGCGGCUAUGGUGGCUACGGUGGCUACGGAGGCUACGGAGGCUAUAACCCUUAUGGCUACAACUACUAUGGCUAAGGACUGCGCGGUGGCUGGACUUCUGAUCCCUACCUUUCGCUGAACAUUUGUACCGUAUUUCUACUUUCAAUAAAAUUGAAUUGUAU